UAAAGUUUAUAAAAGCCAAGCAAAGCUUCAAGCUCCGAGCAGCAGCAGCCAGCAGCAACCCGAAGAAGCCAGCCACAGAGCAGCAAUUGCUUUAAUUAGAUUUCUAAUCACCCUAAAACAAACACAACAAACAAAGCAAAAUGUCUUCUGAAGUGAGCAGCGACAACCCCAUCUAUGGCCCCUUCUUCGGUGUUAUGGGCGCCGCCUCCGCCAUCAUCUUCUCGGCUCUGGGCGCUGCCUAUGGCACUGCUAAGUCUGGUACCGGUAUUGCUGCCAUGUCAGUGAUGCGUCCCGAACUGAUCAUGAAAUCCAUCAUUCCUGUGGUCAUGGCGGGUAUCAUUGCCAUCUACGGCCUGGUCGUGGCUGUGCUGAUCGCCGGCGCGCUAGAAGAGCCCUCCAAGUACACCCUGUUCAGGGGCUUCAUACACUUGGGAGCCGGUCUGGCGGUGGGCUUCUCCGGCCUGGCAGCUGGUUUUGCGAUCGGCAUCGUGGGAGACGCUGGUGUCCGAGGCACAGCCCAGCAGCCCAGACUGUUCGUCGGAAUGAUCCUGAUUCUCAUUUUCGCCGAAGUGUUGGGUCUCUACGGUUUGAUUGUGGCCAUUUACCUGUACACGAAAUAAAUCAAUCAAUGCAAAAACACAACAACAACAAAUAGACAAACAGCGCCCAGCAGUCAACAGCAGCCGAAGCAACACCAUCAGCAGCCCCAUCCGGCGCAGGAGCAGGUAACAAUCACAACCACAAACAAUCAAAGCCAACAGCAGCAGCAGUGCGCGUGCGGUGGCAGCCCUGGCGGCGGCCGUUUGUACAUAGCAACAGCAACAACCACACUAGGGGCAACCACCAGGCGAACGACCACAACCAGUAGUUCGACCUGCCGGGCUACCAGAGACCCGCCGCGCACUGCCCGAUUGUGGCCCUCGAUUGUGCCUGCUGCUCUUUUCACUGUCACCUAGACUCGCUGGCGCGUGGUUUAGCUUAGUUAUUUUCCGUUCAAAAUCAGUCUUAAACUUGGAAAACAAUUUUUGCAGUUAAGUUCGUAAAGUUGUAAUAAUUAUGAUUUUUGCUAUAUCAAGAAAUCCUUCUCUUUUACUUAUUAUUUUGCGCUCCACAAUUUUGUGUGCUCUUUGUUAUUUGUUUUUUCCAUUAUUAUUAUUAAAUAAUGUUUAGUGUAUAUGUAAAGUUCGUUAAACAAAAAGAAAACUGUAAAGAAAUCAACAAACAACAAUUGUCAGAGAAACUUUGUAAAUUUGUAUUGAGCCUGUCGCGGCUGCAGCAAGAGAUCAACAAAUUUAGCGAAAGGGCCAAAACA